UGCCACUGCUUCUGCUAAGGAGUAGGAGAGCUCCGCCUCGGUUCGUCCUCGAGGCCAGGCCAGAGCAGCCGCUCGGCCAAGCCACACGAGCAAAGCAUCCUGCUGCUACCUCCUGUAGAGUGCCAAUUGACCAAGAUAAGGAGGGAUGUGGAUCCACGCGAGUCGGCCUCAUCGUCCACUCUGUCGCCCCCCCCCCCCCCCCCCGCCCCCCCACCACACACACACACAGCCGUCUGCGCGUCAGGUGUUCGUCGAAAUGGCAGUGAGGCACGCCGCUCACAGAGUCCCAGUCUCUCUUUGUGGCGAUCAGUGGCACUAGGUGCAGCGUAGUGGACCGCCAGGCCGUCCAUAGAGGAGCCUGGAGCCCCCCAUGGAAAGCCAGGAAUCGGUGGAGUGCUCAUGGUGGAUGGCCUUGCGCCGUAGUGCGCUCCAGCGCUUACAUGUCGCCACAGCAAAGGAAGUCGACUGGUCGAGAAGAAAGGCUUGGUAGCGAACCGUCCCAACGAGUGGCCGACGCACAGAUAGUGUCGACCUCUGCCCUCCAGGGUAACAUACCCAAACUUGUUGGAAUGGUUUGAAGGGCUCGGGGUGGAGAUGGAGAUAUCUGACAUGUCCUUCUCAGUGAGCACACAAUUGGGGACCAGCGGCAGCAGAUGCGAGUGGGGCAGCCGCAAUGGCAUCUCAGGCCUCUUGGCACAGAAAAGCAAUGCAAUCAGCCCUAGUUUCUGGCGCAUGAUCCGUGAGAUACUCAAGUUCAAGAAUGAUGCUCUCAAGUACUUGGAGGACCGUGAAAACAACCCUGACUUGGACCGGAAUGAGACUCUGGGGCAAUUUAUUCAGUCUCAUGGAUAUUCCCAGUACUUCCAAGAGGCUUACCUUAUCCCGAUCUGUGCAUGUAUAUGGUCAUGUCCAUCUCAAGGGGUGUUGGGAUUCUCUGCUUUCUUUGUGUUCUCAUUCUGCCGCAACCACCACCUUCUUCAGCUGUUUGGUCGCCCCCAGUGGCUCACUGUCAAGGGCCGCUCCCAUAGCUAUGUGCACAAGGUAAGGGAGGAGUUGGAAAGCAUGGGUUGCCAAAUUAAAACCAGCUGUGAAGUUAAAUCUGUUUCAAGUUCCAAUGGAGCCGGUUUCAGGAUUGCAACGUUUGAUGGUUCAGAGGAGAUGUAUGACAGAGUCAUAUUUGGUGUCCAUGCACCUGAUGCUCUAAAACUUCUAGGAGCUGAAGCAACACACGAAGAAUUGAGAAUCCUAGGUGCUUUUCAGUAUGUCUACAGUGAUAUAUACCUCCAUCGCGAUAAAAGUAUGAUGCCACGGAGUUCAUCAGCAUGGAGUUCCUGGAACUUCAGGGGGACGACAAGCAAGGGGGUUUGUGUAACCUACUGGUUAAAUCUGCUUCAGAACAUAGAAUCUACAGACAGGCCUUUUCUGGUGACACUGAACCCUCCUAAUAUCCCGGACCAUGUCUUGCUCAAAUGGUACACUAGCCACCCUGUUCCAUCUGUGGCUGCCGCAAAGGCUUCUCUUGAGCUUCAUCAAAUUCAAGGAAACAGAGGAAUUUGGUUCUGUGGGGCAUACCAAGGUUAUGGUUUCCAUGAAGAUGGACUCAAGGCUGGGAAAUCUGCAGCCCAAGAUUUGCUAGGUAAGAAGAGUGGCCUUUUGGUGAACCCAAAGCAGAUGGUCCCAUCGUGGACUGAGGCUGGGGCGCGUCUUCUGGUAGCAAGAUUUCUUGGCCAAUACGUAUCCUUCGGUAACUUGGUCUUGCUUGAAGAAGGAGGCACUAUGUUCAGUUUUGGUGAAGCGGGCAAAAAAUGCCAUGCAAAAUCUGUCCUGCGAAUUCAUGACCCAAUGUUUUACUGGAAGGUUGCAACUGAAGCAGACCUUGGCUUGGCAGACGCCUAUAUUAACGGUUAUUUCUCUUUUGUUGACAAGAGAGAAGGUCUUCUGAAUCUUUUUCUGAUCCUCAUUGCAAACAGGGAUGCAAACAAGAGUAAUAGCAGUGGGGGCAGUAAAAGGGGUUGGUGGACACCCUUACUUUUGACAGCUGGGGUCGCCUCUGCUAAAUACUUCCUCCGUCACAUUUCAAGGAAGAAUUCUGUCACACAAACACGUCAAAACAUCUCUCAACACUACGAUUUGAGUAAUGAGUUCUUCUCACUUUUCCUGGAUCCAUCCAUGACUUACUCUUGUGCCAUCUUCAAGACGGAGGAUGAAAGCUUAGAGGCAGCCCAGCUACGUAAAGUUGGCCUUCUAAUCAACAAGGCUAAAGUCGAGCGGGAUCACCAUGUUCUUGAGAUUGGUUGUGGCUGGGGCAGCUUAGCAAUCCAAUUGGUGAAGCAAACUGGCUGCAAAUACACUGGGAUCACAUUAUCUGUGGAGCAACUGAAAUACGCGCAGAGAAAAGUGAAAGAAGCUGGCUUAGAGGACCACAUAAGCUUCAUGUUGUGUGAUUACCGUCAAAUACCAACUCACAGCAAAUACGACAGGAUCAUAUCUUGCGAGAUGAUCGAGGGCGUUGGGCACGAAUACAUGGACGAUUUCUUCGGCUGCUGUGAGUCCCUUCUGGCUCAAGACGGCCUAUUCGUCCUGCAGUUCAUCUCGAUCCCAGAAGAACGGUACGAGGAGUACAGGCGGAGCUCGGACUUCAUCAAGGAAUACAUCUUCCCCGGGGGCUGCCUCCCUUCGCUGGCCCGGAUCACGUCUGCCAUGUCCACAGCAUCAAGGCUCUGCAUCGAGCAUCUUGAGAACAUUGGGUACCAUUACUACCCGACGCUGAUCCGCUGGAGGGACAACUUCAUGGCCAACAAGGAUGCGAUUUUGGCCCUCGGCUUUGAUGAUAAAUUCGUCCGUAUAUGGGAGUACUACUUCAUAUACUGCGCCGCCGGUUUCAAGUCACGGACGCUUGGGAAUUACCAGAUUGUGUUUUCUCGCCCCGGCAAUGACAAGCUGGGCGACGACCCUUACGCAAGCUUCCCGGCAGCCAAUCAAAGCUAGCUAUUGAAUCGUCUACGGUUCCACGUACUUUGCCUGCACGAUAGGAGCUCCCGAGAUCUGAAGGCGUACGGGAUACGUGUGUGAUUCAUCGGCAGCAGUGCUGCGUGCAAACCAAACCAUUAUUACUCAUUGGAGCGGUUGAUUCUUCAGUUCCAAUUAACCACAUGGAUGUACGCGAAUUCUUCGAUGCAACGAUCUAAGGAUGUGUGUGUGUGGCGUGGUAGCUGGACCUGUCCGAGCCCGCAAGGGAUGGUAAAGGGUUCUAAAUUUAGUCUAGAUAAUUUAAGAGUCGAAUCCUAAAAAAGACCGACUCUAAUUUUAUACAAUUUAAUUUUGAACUAAAAAUAUAUAAAGACCAUGUUGAAUGGUAAA